AUGCCUGAGAAUAAUAAUAUUUUUCUAUACAACGCAACUCCAAGCUCUGCAUCAGCCUUUGCCUCCUCAGAGUUGCCAACGUUGGAAUCCAGCUGUGCUCGACCCGUGAAAUUGAGGGCCAGAGCGCCGUGUCCCUCUUCGCGUCUGCGUCUUGUUUUGGGAACCAUAGCCUCUUCGGCAGCAGUUGUACUGCUCGUUUUCUUCUGUUCGCGCGUAUACGAGAGACGUGCAGUCCAGGGCCUUCGAAGCCGUAGGCUGGCCAGCGUAGGAAACAGUGAGGCGUCCGUUGGAAAUUGCUGCGACGCCGGCGACGGAGAGGAGCGGCGGCGCCAGGGUCCCCGUGCUUCGAAGUGGCCCGCUGGAGAGGAGUUUAAAUGGCCCCUUAAGAAGCGGUUCACGGCAAGAGUGGCUGGAACUGGAGACGGUGGCGCUGUAGGGAAUCCUCAGCAGCAAGAACAGCGGUAUCUCCAGGAACUUCCUGUUGCACCUCCCGGUUUAUCCGCGGGUGAAGCUCCUCCAAAGCUUGAACGGCGUGGCUUCUCAGAACUUCCGGUUCAUGGCAUACUGUCCUCAGCGCAAGCACGGGUGCGGAGAGAAUUCGAUGCAGCCAGAGGACUGCAAAGGCUAAGCACUCAAAAGCAUCCUCCUGGACAUUAUAUUCCAGAUGUGCGGCAGACAAUCCCGCUGGAGGUGCGGAUGCAGCUACAGCUGCACCUGCUUCAGCGGCAACUGCAGAGAGAGGGACGGCACCAUCGGCAGCAGCAGCUCCACCUCCAGCAGCAGCAUGACCAGCACGAGCUGUACCACCAGCAGCAGCAGCUUCAUUGGAAACACCUGCUUUGGCGCGUGCAACAGCAGCAGCAGCCUUUGAUUCAACAGCAACAGCAAGGGCACUUAAUGCAACAACAGCAGCAGUCGUGGCAUCAACAGCCGGAGCUGCCGCUUUCUUUGCUUCAGCAGCAGGAGCAGGAAGACGUGAUACAAGAUCAGGACCAUCACCAAAUGGAGGAGCAGGAGUCGACGCCGCAGGACGACGGAAAACAGCUGCACAGAAAAAGGAAGCGCGAGCGGGAACAGCAAGUGGAGCUGGAUGCACCCAAGGAACAGCAGCACCAGGUGUUGCAACCUACCGGGCGUGCCCCGGAGUCUUUGCUGGAAGAUGCAUGGAUUGCCCCGGGCCCGCCAAGGCCUGAAACGCCUCAACCCAGCAGCUCUCGACAAGCGUUGCAGGUACCUGUCGCUGCAGGAGAUACACCACCUUCGACCUCCGUGGAAUUUGGCACGCAAGUGGCUGGAGGGUUGCCACUAGCUCCUCCUGCCGCGUCGCUUACUAUUCCUGAUGAAGGUGCUUCAGGCGAUGCGGCUGAUUUGGCUCCAAUAUCAGGGGCUCCCGCAGCAAACACAGCAACCAGGUGCGUGCUUUCUGACGGUCGGUCGUCCCCUGGUCCAUCCACAGCAGCCACAGAAGGCAGAGGAGUGGAGGCGGGGGUCCCUUCUACUGCGCUGGUUGGUGGGGGGUUUGGAGAAGGAGGGGCGUCAGCAGCUGGUGAAACAGCAUCAGCUGCUGAAAUCUCAGCAUCUGGUGGGACAUUAGCACCUGUGGAAAGAGCAACAGCUCCUGGAGGAGCAAAAGCCGCUGCUGCAGCUGGGGCAGGUUCCUUAAUACCCGCACCUACAUCGAUUCCGGCGAGCUCUACUCUGCUAGGGAUGCGGACUGCUGCUCUGGUUACUAUGAGAGAACAUCCGUUUGUGCGCCUGCCGAAGCAACUUUUGGUGAACUCUCCGGGUUCGAUUGUGGUCAACUUUGAGGACGCCGUGAACAGUACGCGUGCCUCACGGCAUGCCUUGCCCUUGCUGCUGAAGGCUCGUUGGUUGUUGUCCAAGCAUGUUUUGUUUUCUGUCCACCUGAAAGAGUUGGUGGAAGUAGUAGAAGAACUGAUAGGGAACGCGGCGCACUAUCAUGCCCAAGACGUGUCGCACCACCAGACUUACCGCGCAGUUGGGCGGCUGGGGAUGCGUUUCCUCGUGCUGGAUGUUAUUGUUUCCACCCUCUUAAUUCUCGGGCAGAAGGUGGACCCUGGCCGUUGGCAGCGCUUCACAAAUGCCAUUCGUCACGCCGCUCCCCAACCUCCCCAAACUGCCAACUUCUCAAAGCGGGCGCAUUUCUACUUAUCCCUAGCGAAGGAGCUCAGCAGGGCAAUACAAAUACUGAAGACAGGAAAGCGGCCGGCACCAUCAGAGCUCCUGCUUAUCAAGCGCAUGCUCUUCUGCUCCUCCUUUUCACCCUCGCGUUUCAAGGGACGGGAUUUCGAUCCGUGGCGGCAGGAUAACAUCGGCGGUGCCGAUGGGCCUUAG